CAGCAUCAAUUUUGUCACCUUGCCUUCAGGAAACAAUGGAGGUACGUGUUCCUCGGAGGAGCCCCAGUUACCUCUCCGAUCUGUAUCAGAACAUGCUAAGGGCUGAAGAAGCAUUGGGUCCAGGACGGUCGCGGCAGGAGCACCAGCCACUGCGUGGCAGCAGGGCCAGUCUGAGCACCCUACCCAAGAGGGAGCCACAGCCCAGUCAUCUUCAGAGCAGCACUACUAUCAGCUGUGACCCACACCUGCAGCCUAUCAUACGCCGACGAGCCAGGUCUUUGCCCACUUCUCCUGAGAGGUUGAAGAAUACAGCAACACAGUGCCAUGUUCCUGGGUGCAAGAGAAGCCGCAUAAACCGUGUGAGAUUUGCUGAUGCAUUGGGCUUGGAGCUGGCUGAAGUGAAAGUCUUUCAGGUUGGGGAGGACCCAUCCAUCCCCUUGCAUGUCCUGUCCAGGCUUUCCAUCAACUCGGACCUUUGUUGCAGCCAGCUGGAUAUGGAGAUCACCAUGCAGUGCUUGGUACCUGACUUCCAGCAGCCUGUGGACUGUGUGGACUUCUCCACCCGCCUUCAUCAGCAGCUGGUGUGUCUAGAAUGUGUGACCAGCUCAGACCUGGGGCUCAGUGGCACUAUCCAAGUUCUCAAUUUGGCCUUUGAGAAGCAGGUGUCUGUGCGCUACACCUUCAACCAGUGGAAGAGCGUGCAUGAAGUGUGUGCUCAUUGGCACAGCAGCAAUCCUGAGGCGGAUGGGAAGGGACAAGCUGAUGUCUUCACUUUCUUUCUCCCCAUGCCUCCUUUCCUUCUCCAGCUGUGCUCUGUAGUCCAGUUUGCAGUGAGAUAUCGUGUCAAUGGGCAGGAGUACUGGGAUAACAACCAAGGUAAGAACUACAGCUUCACCUGCAGGAGUCACCUUCUCAAGAUGCCAAGGGAAUGUGAGGCGAGCUGGAUCCACUUCAUCUGAGCAAGAAGAAGAUAUAUGGAUAUGGAAUGGCUGCAGUGGCCUUUUCUUCCUUGGUGUUCCUCUCUGCUUCUCUGACAGCACAGAAAUCCUUCAAGAGGCAAAGAUGUUUCAAAAUGAGAGUAACAAGUGAUCUGUACAAAACUUUUGUGUAAGAGCUCCAGAAAGGAUAAAGGGCCAAAAUCUGCAUGGAUUUACAUCCCUGGAGACUUCAUGGGAUUCAAAGAGAUUUCAUAGACAGGAAUCAGGGCAGAACUGGCUCAAAGGGACACUGUCAGGCUAAAUAUAUCAAAAGGAAAAUUGUGUUACUAAUAAUACUUUACAUAAACAAAAAUUUAAAAUUCCAACUUAUUUGUCACCAUUUUAUACUGUUUAAUUUUGUACACUUAACUACCUGGAAAAUAGGUUAGCUUUACUUUUUUGUUAUAGUUUUGUUUGUAGUAUUACCUUGGUUCUUGGGCAUAAUUCCAGUGCUGAAAACACUGCAGGGCAAUGUUUAUAUCCAAAUUAUUUGUAUUCCUAUUUAAACACAUAAAAAUAUUUCUAUUAAUAUUUGGUUUUAUUAUUAUUUAACAAAAUCUAACUAUUGAUCUGAAACUACCUGACGGGGUCCCCAUAAAUAAGGUUUUAACCUGAUUCUUUUUCUUACUCUUAUUAUUUUUAAUAUCCAGUGCUUGCCAUUGAUACAGUCAGAAUGAUUCUUGCUAAGAUGUGUUUCUUAAGCCAUAAGGCUGGCGUCCUUGGGGGAAGGCCUGAUAUUUUCAAGGAGAGGUUCAAGCAGUUCUCUGGAUAAAGUUUUAAAAUACAAACUUGUUCUUUCCUUGCAUAACUAUUUUCACUAAACAAAACCAGAGCAGUUUUGCACUUUUAAUUGCAUCUUCCACCUGAGGAUCUCAAAGCCCAAAACAAAUGUUAAUGAAAAAAGCCUCACUGCCCCUGUGUGAGACAGGUAAUUGUGCCUAUUUACAAAUGGAAACAGACACAAGAGGUUGAGUACCAGGGCCACACAGUGAAUCAGUUACAGAACCAUGGAACAGAUCCCAGGAAUUGUGAUUCCUAACCCUCCCUUCCAAUACCCUAUUAACAUAGUAUUUUGAAUCCUAAAAUUAGCUAGUUCUGAUCUUUUUUGACCAGUGGAACAAGAAGUUAUGGGCUCCCUCCUCUCUAGCAAAAAGUGUGGUCUGCAGGGAGGGUCAGUGGCAUAGCUGGUAAAUCCAUGUCUGCUUGGAUCCACGGGCAGAAGUCUCCCCUCUACGGGAGUGGGAACACAGCAACCACUUGGAGAGAAUGGCCUUCUCAGUACUCAGCCUGUUGCUUGUCCUCUUUGUUGGUGAGGAUUUGAGCCUAUACAUUUUUUGUGAUAUAUGCAAGCUUCAGUUUGGAAAAGAGAUGACAUCUGCCAUUAUGAAAAUGUGUGAAAAACUUUUCAGAUAGCUAGAUACGUUGUUAAUACAGCCUAAAUAUUAAAAAAUGAUUUGUGAUCUUGGGUGCCUGAAUUUGGAGUGCUCAGCUAAAGGCACCUUAAAGGGGACUGAUUUUAAAGAAGGCAGGUGAUCGGCACUUUCUGAAAAUCAGGGCCCCUUUAAGGUGUCUCAAGUUGGAUAUGAAAAAUUGAAGCACCAAAAUCAAUAAUCACUUCUGAAAAUUAAGGCCAUAAGCAACACACACAGCCAGGUGCAUACUAGUACAAAUAUGCACACACCUGUGUUAUCCAGUGCAGCCUUAUGUCAUUAAAUGCCUAAGAAGUGAUUGGUAUCCAACUUAAAAUGUUAAUGCUUUUUAAAAAAAAGUUCAUUAAAGAAAUAAGAAACAAUUACUUUUUUAAAGUGCAUACAUAAAAUAAUUGGACUGGAGAUGUCAUUCUAACCUUAAUCAGCUUUUUUUUAAUUAAGCACUUUUAAUAUCCUGUCCUAACAUUGAUUUUAACAAAGUGGACAAUAGGUCAAUACGGCAAGUUUUAGAGGCCAAAGAGCUUAAAAACCGCUCUUUUAAAUCUACCGUCUGGUACCUAAAGUCUCUAGGUAACUCUCAGAAUUCCUCAUUUUCAAAUUUCAGUUGUCAACCACCAGCUGAAAUUGACAAGGGACAUUUCCCACUCUCUGCUGGUUGCCAAAUAUUCAAUACGUCUUAAAAUAUAAAAAUCUUAUGGGGGAACUAUCCAAAUUAAUACCAUUAAGAGGCAGAUUUGGCUGGUGGAAAGAUCAGAGCGUGGCAAUCUGAAAAACCAGGUUCUGUUCCCCACUCUUCUACUGUUUUCUGUACGACUUUGGACAAGUCAUUCAACCUCUCCAUGAUCUGUUUCUCUUAUGUAAAGUGGGAAUAAUACUCACUUUUUAUAAUGGUUUUGAUAUCCAUGUAUAGAAGGUGCUCUCUGUAAUAACUGCAUUAUAAUCUAUAAUAA